CUGCAAAUGCAACAUAAAACAGAACCCUGAUUUCACCAUCCAUGACAGCUCCGUGUUUUUGACUCUCCGUUGAAUGUUGGUGCACAGGAGAUGAGCGCGCUCUGAAGACAUUCACUUCCUCCACCCCAACGGAUCGAAGCAUAAAGUUACUGGCUUCCUAACUGUACCUCUCACAAAACAGCCACAACUGCCAACUGCACGUGUCAACACACAAGUGCCCGACUUGCUAAACCAAUCUGAACCAAACUGACUUGGAAUUCAUUCAGCCACCAUGCUUGACAAUCAGCAGUCAACCUCCACUUCAAACAAUUCGACCAAUUCAAGUUUACUAGAUGAGCAAACACUGGCAUUGUUCAAAAACACCACGGUCAGCAACUUAAUUUCCUCAAUAUACAUCAUCAUCACCAUUGUCAACCUUGCCAGUAACGGCGCUGCCCUUUACCUGCUGCUGUUUCGCACCUCCCCCAAGACACCCACCAUCAUAUUCAUGAUCAACCUCACUCUCACCGACUUGGCUGUGGGCUGCGUGUUGCCCUUCCAGAUCCACUACCAAUUGGCAGGCUACAACUGGACACUGGGUUCUUGGUCGUGCACCCUGCUCACCGCUGUCUUCUUCGCAAACAUGUACUGCUCCAUCCUCACCAUGACUGCAAUCAGCAUUGACCGCUACUUGGGUAUUGUGAAACCUUUGCUCUUCAGGGACAUCCGGGAGAAAACCGUGUAUGCCGUGGCCCUGUGCUCAGUCAUGUGGGCUUUUGUCUUGGGGAUUCUAUACCCGCUGCUGAAAGCAGACCUCCUCUAUAAGGUAGAGGGUCUGGGCAUCAACACCUGCUUUGAUGUCAUCCGCAUGGACCUGCUCCCGAGCAUUACAGCAUGGGCAGGGUUCUUCGGCGUCAUGUUUCUCUUCUUCUUUCUCAUCCCCUUUGUGGUCACCAUCUUCUGUUACAUCAGUAUCAUCUGCAAGCUGGCCAAUGAUCCCCACACAAGCCAGCAGAAAGGGAGGGUUGUCCGUCUCGCCAUUAUUGUGCUGUUUGUCUUCGUGGUGUGCUUCGCCCCCAACAACAUCCUGAUGAUCGUCCAUGCAGUCAGCAGACUUUUCUAUAAAAAAAGCCUCUACAUGGCCUAUAAGCUCUCUCUCAUGCUGAGCUGUGUGAACAGCUGCCUGGACCCUUUCAUCUUGUAUUUUGCAUGCAAAGAGUUUCGCAAAAAACUCAGGCGGAUGCUCAGGCUUCCGUUCCUGAGCAGUGUGGACAACCAUGUGGGUCUCCGAGAGGACCUGUACUCCAUGCGCUCGCAGCUAGAGGACGAUGUCCUUAGCUAUAAUGGCGAAACAAAGAUACUGCGCAUUGACAGCAUGGUGUCUAACCGCAUUUAAAUAAAGCAAAGGUUACAGUAUGAACAAUAAACAGAACAUUGGUCACUGCUUAACCACUGUUGACGUGAACAAAGACGUGUCAUUAGGCCUACUUUUCACUGAAUCUGUCGUUGAAAUGAAUGUGUGGGGUUAUUUCUUUUGUCAUUGGUCUGGUGUUGCUAAUUUUUCCUCUGGUCUGAGGUUUUGUUGUUGUUGAGAGCAUUGUAGCCUAAGGUAGGGCAUUAACUGGGAAGAGACAAUAAGAAUGCAAUGUUUUGUUUAUAUAUUUUGUAAGCAUUUAAAUGAUGAUAUUGAGCUAUGCAUGUUGCUAAAUUAUUUAUUCCCUAUUGCAAUUAUUUUUUGUUAAUAAUGUCAUUGUUGUAGGAAAAUCUGAUGUAUCGGAUGUAUCAACCAAAAAGUUCCUUUACGCCUGAGUAUAAACUUGGUAGUUGGUAACACUUUCUUAGAGAAUCCUAGUAGGCCUAUGAAUUAAAUGGACUAUUAGCACUUGUCUUUUAAACACAGAUCAUGUCAUUUUUGUGGAUUUUGUGUUUUUUGUGCCAAGUAUUGUCUGAAGCCCAGUUAUCACAUUUGUCACAUCACGAAUCACAUUUUAUUGUCUUUUUUUAUUUUUGUAUUAUUAUUAUUGCUUUAUCCAUCAUGGUCUUUUAAGCUAUAAUCUUGUUCAGUAUUGAAUUUCUUUUUCCCCUUUCAGUUUCAAAAGAUUCUCAUGAAAAUCCGUCCAUUUUGUGGAUUGUACGAUUAGUUUAUGAGUUUAAUAUAAUGGAGUCUUUGAGCUCUCCUGUUGACAAUAGGUUUUUAAAUAACUUAUUUUGUAAAACUACUCA